AUGGUUGUCAAAAGAAAGACUAAUAAGGAGGCCACAUGGAUCCUCGCUGAAGAAAUCACUGUUUUUAGGAUGUUGGCUUUGACACAGAGCGACCAGCUAUGUGCACGCGUAGGGAAUAACACCGUCAUUGUCUCCUCUUCCGUAGGAAAGCAUCCUGAUGGCAGCUUGUACAGCAAGGGACCAUCAUACUCUGGUUACUCGGGGUAUAUCAUGAUGCCAAAUAUGAACAACGACCCGUACAUGCCUAACGGAUCUCUGUCGCCACCCAUCCCCAGAACAUCCAACAAGGUGCCAGUGGUACAACCUUCUCAUGCAGUUCACCCUCUCACCCCCCUUAUCACCUACAGCGAUGAGCACUUUUCCCCGGGCUCCCACCCAUCUCACAUCCCCUCCGACGUCAGCUCCAAGCAAGGCAUGUCCAGGCAUCCUCCAGCUCCUGAUAUCCCUACCUUCUAUCCCUUGUCUCCAGGGGGUGUUGGACAGAUAACACCACCUCUUGGCUGGCAAGGUCAGCCUGUAUAUCCCAUCUCGAGUGGAUUCAGGCAGCCCUACCCAUCCUCACUCUCAGUCGACCCUUCCAUGUCCAGGUUUUCACAUCACAUGAUUCCUGGUCCUCCAGGCCCUCACACAACUGGAAUCCCUCACCCAGCUAUUGUAACACCUCAAGUAAAACAAGAACAUCCGCACAACGACAGUGAGCUAAUGCAUGUGAAGCCUCAGCACGAACAGAGAAAAGAACAAGAGCCAAAAAGACCUCAUAUUAAGAAACCUCUGAAUGCUUUCAUGUUGUACAUGAAAGAAAUGAGAGCGAACGUUGUAGCAGAGUGUACACUGAAAGAAAGCGCAGCUAUCAACCAGAUUCUUGGCAGAAGGGUAUGUACAGAAGGGUGUGUGUGCGCUCACGUGUGCUGCUAAUUUGUGUGUUUCCCU